AUGAAGGAACGGACAACAGACUUCCAGGCGGAUGUCCCACUGGUUCCUGACCCCACUCCUGUAUUUGAGGUCCUCCAGCUCUCGUCAGUCAGAAGUGUAGUACUUGUUCUCGACAUCAGUGGUAGUAUGAAAGGGAACCGAUUUGAACGAAUGAUCCAGUCAGCUACUGAUUGCAUCAUGAACGUAAUUCCCUUAGACAGCAAGCUCGGAAUCGUAGUCUUCGAAACUACAUCGCAAAUCCGGGCAGGUCUGACGAAUAUUACCGAUACUGCUUCGCGUCAGAGACUCGUCGAUGCUUUACCGCCAUCACCGGGGGGUAGCACUUGUAUCGGAUGCGGAAUAUCGUCAGGCAUUGAGGUACUAGGUUCAUUCGCACAAGGUGGAUACAUCUUACUCCUCAGUGAUGGCGGAGAGAAUAGAGCUCCAUACAUCAGAGACAAGUAUGACGACAUUGAGAACUCAGGGGUCAUAAUUGACACUAUCACUAUAAGCAACGCAGCUGAUCAACAAAUGGAAGAUCUUUCCACAAACACUUCUGGCAUAUCAAGCUUCUGUUCGGAUACUGGGACAGGGAUUUGUCUAAUGGAGGCGUUCCACAGUACCAUAACAGAGAGACCUGACGUUGGCAUGCAAACGGUUCCUACACAGAUCUACAGUUCGGAGGUUAUUAUCGAACCCGAUCCUGGAUUCUACAAUAUUCCGGUGGUCAUUGACGCCGCUCUGGGCAACGAAACGGUGAUCGUGGUGACCUGGAAGAAGAGUCAAUCGAUAUCAGUCGUAGUUACUGGGCCAGACGGUACUCGAGUUGACCAUAACGAUCCUCGCUAUCUGAAUGAUACGAUCAAACAGAUUGUGACGAUCAACUUACCUCUGGCGCAGGAUGUGGAUUUUGCCCAGAAUCCAGCACUAGCUAUAUAUGCUCAGGCUCAACAGGAUUAUCUGCCUGUUCUCAAUGCUGACGUCACAGCAAUCAUUUCGGAUUCAUCUAACACGACCUCGAUGACAUUGCUCGACAACGGGUCAGGGUCUGACUUAUUCAAAGAUGACGGGACAUAUUCAGGGUAUUUCCUAGGCUUCACUUCUGAUGGCAGAUAUAACGUCAAGGUCAAUGUCAUCGGCUAUGAUGGCGCAGCAAAGCGGAGAGGAAAAAGGUCAGCUGAAGUGGAGACCACAGCAGAGCCCUCUUUCAUGCGUACAGAAUCGGGGGGAGUCUUUAAGGUCCAAGGCUACACUCCCAACGCAACUGAUAUUCUACCACCUUCCCGUAUCCAGGACCUAGUCUAUACCUCUUUCUCCUAUGACAACAGCACGGUGACCCUCAGGUGGACUGCUGUAGGAGACGACUUGGACCAAGGAACGGCCUACAAUUACGAACUCCGCUAUGCUACCAACUACUUUGAGGUCCGAAACAACUUCAGCACCAGUCAUGAGGUCACACAGGAUCAACUAGUUUACGGGAACUUAAUCUAUAUUAGUCCAGCAGGGGUUAUUGAGACCGUCACUAUUUCUCUCCCUGAGAGGGGGAAAGAUAUCGUCUACUAUUUCGCAAUUCGGGCUUGGGACGAGGCAGGGAACGGAGGGGACUUGUCCAACAUCGCUUCCCUGUCGAUCCGCUACAUACCAGCGUCUGUACCCACCAUCGAACCAACUGGGCCAGACAACCAAGCCCUGAUCAUCAUCGGUGUGUGUUGUGCAGUUGGUGUGGUAUUCAUAGUUGGAGUUGUCAUGACGUACAUAUGCUACCGGAAGAGAAAUGUCGCACGUGCCCAGGAAGGGCUUCCAGAGGCGGAGGCUGCGCACAAGAAUCCAACCUAUGAUAACCCUACUUUCUCUCUUAAUUGAUUUAUUCUCUAAAUUCACUCUGUAGUGGAAAUCCAAUUUGAGGGAGCCAUAAAGGGAUCACUACUUCAUUGCAGGUGACAUUCGCACUCAAAAGAAAGUGAAAUCCAUUAAAUUUCAUUUGAUUUUAUUAAUUUGUCCCAUAUACGUUUGACGUGGAUAUUUGUUA